UUUUAGCUGCUGAACCGGUGAACUGAGCAGCUCAACAGCCUAGCUAGCUAUAGAUUCCUGGCUCUCGUAUAGAUAUACACCUACUUUAUAACGUGCGCGACUUGACGCGAGGAAAGUUCACCGGACGUCUAUGGUACCUAUAGCAGCCUGUGCAACACCAGGCCUUACGCAUAGAUGUAUCUAUGUAUAAGUGUGGAUGUACAUAUCAUAUACAUAUCCAUACAUAUACCUACAGUAUACAUACUCUGUAAUAAUUCGUACGACGCGGACGUCUCCGAGAGACACCGACGCCUCCGCCGCGCUGCUUAUUACACCACGUUCGCUAUACUAUAUGCGAUAUACAUACAUAUACAUACAUAUACCUAUAUUAUACAUUGCCUAGUUUUACUUAGGUAUACCCUAUAGCUAUGUUAUAUACAUGAGAUGUUUGUUGAACCGUUAAACGGUCGAACUCAUCUGUAAUUAGGUUUUGACAUGAUGAGUUAAAAAAAUCUAUGCGAUAUAAAUUAUAAGCGAAUCUAUAGAAUAGGAUAUUAAUGUUAUUGUGCCGGGUUUAAAAUUUUUGCAAAUUGUUCGAAUCGGUUUUAAACGUCAUGCCGAUAACGAACAGGCGAUACACAUGAAACACCUGUGAAUUAUUCCAGUAACGAAUUUCAAGGUAUAGAAAGCGAUCUUGAAUUGGAAGAAUAAUUAAUAAUUGAAUCAAUAAGGAGAGCGAAUGAACAAACAGCGUUUUUCUGCGUCGUGAUCGUUUUCUUUUGACUUUUGAAUAUCCGCAAGGUACAUCAGAUCUGUAAGCGUAGUUGUGAAUGUAAAUACUUGCUUAUACCUACAUUGAAUAGGUAUACGUGUAUUCUACAUUCAUUUGCCCCGGUGGGGUGCCGCCAUGUUCUGUCUAAGGAUUCGUCGACAGUCGCCUGCUGACCGCGACGGAGUGAGCGCGUCCCCCUUUAAACGUGAGGAUGUUAGUUAGCUAGGUUUUAGCGGUCGGUGGUUGAAACAAUCCGCGUGUGGCGUGCAAGUUUUUUUUUAAUUAUUUUGUCUAGAUAAUAAGUACAUGACAAACCGUUAUUAAAUUUUGAUUAAUUAUCUCAUAAUAUUAUCAUGUAUACGUUAAAUUUUUUUAAAAUUUUGCAAUGAUUCUUUCUAUACAAUGACAUAGAAAAAAAAGAGAAGAAAAAAGAGACUCUGUAAAAUUGAGGUGCGAGAAUCACCGGUAAUUUUAAGGGGUAAAAUUUUAUAAUAACACUACAUCGCGCGACUGUAUGUUUUUUUUCAAAUUUAGCAUCGGAACAAGAAAAAAAAAAAUUCAUGUCAUGUAAUAAUAAUUAUUACCUUUACUUGAAUCUGUGUAGCCGGUAGAUGAUUUUCGAAGGCAGUAAUGAUAGUAGAGUAAUAAAAAAAAGAAUUACAAUUAUUUAUCACUGACGUUGGUGAGUUCUGAUAAUAAGAAAAACUCAAUAAUUUAGUGUUAAAAUAUUAUAUACUUAAUAAAUUGUGAGCUGGAGUGUGGGCAGCUGAGAAACUGUGGUGUAGUGAGAUGGCGGUGGAGGCGAUUUUAGAAGAACCACUGCACGGGGUCAGGGUAGUAGUGAGAAGGUCUAGAAAUCCUCCUAAUACUCAAAGGCUGGAAAGAGACAGAUGUAAAAAAAAAGGAAUAGGAAUAGAACAUAAUGGAGAAAUAGAAGAACGUAAAGCUUGUAAUAAAUCUACAAGAAUUGCUAUUGCAACGACCUUAAAUCAAGUCGGUUAUUCUCGUAAUAAUAAUAAUGACUCAAGAACAUCAUCAUCUUCAGGAUCUUGUAUCAACUAUUACAACAUCACUACGUUAAUAAUCGUAACGGGAUUCGCGAUUUUAACGCAUCUUCAAGGAUCCUCAGCUUUUGCUUUUACCGCUGCUGCUGCGGCUGCCCCUAAGACGGGCUUAGAUGGAGUAGCCUGUCCGAGUGGGACUUUUCAGUGUGCUGAUGGAAAAUGUAUCCCGACUUUUCUAGUUUGUAAUUAUCAAAAGGACUGCGAAAAUGCGGAAGACGAAUUUCAAUCGUGUGCACCACCCGACUGUGAACUUGGACAAAUAUCGUGUGGUCAGUACGUUUUUAAUAAAACAUACUGUAUACCCCCGCAUCAAAGAUGUGACAUGACAGUUGACUGCGUCGAUGGCACCGAUGAAGCUGAAUGCACUUACAGAAAAUGUCAACCGGACGAUUUUAGAUGUGGUGGAACAACUUCAGGCCCUUGCUUACCUAGGGAUAAAAGAUGCGAUGGAUAUUUGGAUUGUAGGAAUGGAAAGGACGAGGAGGGAUGUCCUGCUGCAUCCAAACCGCCUUGUAGACUUGAUCAGUUUAGAUGCAAUACCACACAACGUUGCGUUGAACAAAGUGCCAGGUGUAAUCAUAAGGAUGAUUGUGGCGAUAAUAGCGACGAAGAACACUGCAGUUUUCCACCCUGCAAGAGUGACCAGUUUAGAUGCGCAAAUUCUUUGUGUAUUCCCAUGGUGUACAGAUGUGACGGAUAUGAAGUUUGCUCUGAUGGAUCUGACGAAGCAAAUUGUACAGCAACGAUUUGCCCAGGAAAUAAGUUUAUGUGCCCAAAGGGAACUACUAGGGGUACACCACUUUGUAUAGACAAAGCCCAGUUAUGUGAUGGGAAAAAAGACUGCUUCGAUGGAGCUGAUGAAGAAGCUGCAUGCUCAACCAGGGAAUGCCCAUCUUUAGGCUGUCAGUAUAAAUGCCAAGCUUCACCAUCCGGAGGUACUUGUUACUGUCCAGAAGGCUAUGUCCUCUCAAAUGAUUCAAGGAUCUGCGUAGAUAGAGACGAGUGCGCGGAAUGGGGGUAUUGUGAACAGAAAUGCCAGAAUACGGAAGGUUCUUACAUCUGCAGUUGUCUUCAUGGAUACACUCUACAAGGUCAUAAUCAAUGCAGAGCCGAGCGUAUAUCUGCGCUCGAAAUUUUACUGGCUCAAGAUCGCACUAUAUCUCGUAUGCCAGCGACAGGAGAGGACAGAAAAAUUAUAGCUAAUACUACUGGAGCCAGUGGCGUCGAUUAUCUGUAUUCUAAAGACCUCCUCUUCUGGAGCGAUGUUAAAACUAGAAAAGUUCAUUCCCAGCCUCUUAACGAUGAUAAUCAAGAAAAUCGUGGGGCGGAUAUUUCUCUCCCAGGAACAUGGGCCCCAGUCGCUAUUGCAAUUGAUUGGAUCGGCGAGAAACUUUAUGUGACGGAUUCCGUGGGUCAAAAAAUCGAUGUCUUUGAACUGGAUGGAAGAUACCACGGUAUUGCAGUUGGAUCGAACCUCACUAGCCCAGCAGACAUUGCUCUAGACCCAACGGUUGGAGUAAUGUUUAUUGCAGAUAGCAAACAAGUCCUCAAAGCAAACAUGGAUGGUACAUCUGCAUUUCCUAUAGUUUCUCUGGCUGCGUACCGAGUGUCAGGUGUUGCUGUUGAUAUCAUAGCCUCCAGAGUUUACUGGUGUGAUUCUUUACUUGAUUACAUUGAGACUGCGGAUUACUCUGGCUACGGAAGAGUCAUGGUGUUGCGUGGGAAUCAUGUUCCUUCACCCACUAGACUAACGCUUUUUGAAAACAGAAUAUUCUGGUCAGACAGUACUAAGCAGGCUGUUAUGAGCGUUGACAAAACCUUGGGAGAUAGCUCAAUACAGAGUAUAUUCAAAGCAAGGGAUGCAAAGGCUGUCAAAGCUCUGCACCCACUUAUUCAGACUCCGGUUUCGAAUCCUUGUGGAAACAAUAAUGGUGGAUGUCAGCAUAUGUGUAUUGUAACAGCUGCGGGAGGACGUGAAACUGGGCUAGGUUAUCGGUGUGCUUGUACAAUAGGAUGGAGGCUUUUGGAAGAUUUGAGAAACUGUAAUUUGGUACAAGAAUUUCUCAUGUACUCGCAGCAGAGGUUCAUUAAGGGGAGAGUUCUUGAUCCGGUAAUGGACGGAUUCAGCGAUGCCAUUCUUCCCGUUGUUUCUAGAAGAGCGAGAUUCGUCGGGCUUGAUUACGACGCCUAUGAUCAGUACAUUUACUACAGUGAUGUUCUGCAAGACGUCAUUCACAGGGUUCAUCAGAACGGAACUCGCAGGGAAAUUGUUCUCGCUAGUCAAAAUGAGGGUGUUGAAGGUCUUGCAGUUGAUUGGGCAGCCAAGAACUUAUAUUACAUUGACUCUAGAAAAGGAACUCUCAAUGUUCUCAGUACCAGAAAUGUAACGCACAGAAGAACUCUGCUAAAAAACCUGAAGAGACCCAGAGCUAUUGUCGUCCAUCCUAAUCAAGGAUAUAUCUUUUUCUCCGAGUGGGAUAGACCCGCGAAUAUUAGCAGAGCCCAUACUGAUGGUUCGAAUUUAAUCAUCUUCAAAAAUCUCACUCUUGGAUGGCCCAAUGGUCUUGCUAUAGAUUUUAAGAAAGACAGACUUUAUUGGUGUGACGCUCUACUAGAUCAUGUUCAACAUUCUAAUCUUGAUGGUACGGAUGUCAAGACAGUGAAUUCCAGGCUCAUAAGGCAUCCGUUUUCAAUAGCUAUCUAUGAAGAGUGGAUGUAUAUCACGGACUGGCGAUUAGACGCUAUCAUAAGACUGCACAAGGAAACCGGGGAACAGGAAGUUGUCCUCGUUAGAGAACCUGCGACGAACAGACUCUACGGGGUAAAAGUUUUCAGUCGCAAUGUUCAGAAACGGGUGCAUACACAUCCCUGUAUGAUCAACAAUGGAGGAUGUGAGAAACUAUGUUUCGCUAUACCGAAUAAUUCAUCUUCUGGAUUCGGUGAACCACAUCUGUCUGGAAUAUGCGGCUGUCCAUAUGGGGAAAGACUUGAGGAUAAUCAGAGAACUUGCAGUGCCGAUCCAGACGCGGAACCACCGUUACAAGCCUGUCCAAAUGCCUGGGAUUUCACUUGCAACAAUCAGAGGUGUGUUCCAAAAUCAUGGGUUUGUGACGGAGAUGAUGACUGCUUGGAUAACAGUGACGAGGAACAAAAUUGUACAAAACCUACGUGUGGAACACAUGAAUUCCAGUGUAAAUCUGGUAGAUGCGUCCCCAUGACCUUCAGAUGUGAUACCGAAAACGACUGUGGCGAUUAUAGUGACGAAGCAGGGUGUCCAAAUGUAACUUGUAGCGCAAGUCAAUUCACAUGUGACAAUCAUAGAUGUAUCCCAGCCACAUGGAAAUGCGAUUCUGAAAAUGAUUGUGGCGACAGUUCAGAUGAAGGAGAAUUCUGUGCUGCUAAAACCUGUGCCUAUUUCCAAUUCACCUGCCCUAGAUCUGGCCAUUGUAUACCACAAUCUUGGGUGUGCGAUGGUGAUAACGACUGCUUUGAUCAUCAAGAUGAAAUGGAUUGUCCGCCGGUUACGUGUCUGAGUACCCAGUUUACUUGUGCAGAUCAAAAAAUGUGCGUUCUUGAAUCGUACAAGUGCGACAGUAUUUCGGACUGUAAUGACGGUAGUGACGAAGUUGGUUGCCCUUCGCUUGCACCUGAUCAAUGCAAUCCUGAUAAACAGUUCCAGUGUGCGGGAUCAAGUAUUUGUAUUCCAAGAAACUGGUACUGUGACGGCACUCCUGACUGCGAUGAUAAGUCAGAUGAGCCUCCUUCCUGUGGCGAGGUAGACUGCCAACCCGGAUACUACAAAUGCAAUAAUUCAAGAUGUGUUUUUAAAGCAUACAUCUGCGAUGGACAUGACGACUGUGGGGACGGAUCUGAUGAGGACUCUGGAUUACAUGCCUGUGGUCCCCCUCCAUUCAAAUGUGAAUCACUUGAGUGGCAGUGUCCUAAUGUUACGAACAGGUGUGUCAAUAUCAGUACUGUUUGUGACGGAAAACCGGAUUGCCCUAACGAAGCUGACGAAGGUUUAGGCUGUGACUUAGAGGAAUGCACACACCAGGGAGGUUUGUGCAGUAAUGGUUGCAUCCAAACUCCUCUCGGAGCUCAAUGUACCUGCCCUGCUGGCGAAACUCUGAGUAGUGAUGGAUUCAACUGUGAGGAUUUGAACGAGUGUGAUCCUCCUGGUCACUGUUCACAGAUUUGUACGAACACUAAAGGCAGCUAUCACUGCAGCUGCGUUGAUGGAUAUAUUUUAGAGCCCGACAAACAUUUGUGUAAAGCUUACAACCACAGUGCUGCUUUCCUCAUAAUUUCCAACAGACAUACUAUUCUAGUUGCUGAUCUCAAAGAUUGGGCUUUGGAAAGGGUUCCGAUAAACGUUGAAAACGUAGUAGCCACUGCCAGUAACAUGCAUACUGGAACGAUAUUUUGGUCAGAUAUGAAACUGAAAAAGAUAUCUCGGCUCGACAGAGGAAAUGAUCCACAAGAUGUUAUUUCAACCGGUUUAGAUCUUGUAGAAGGACUGGCGUACGACUGGGUGGGACAAAAUCUUUAUUGGCUUGAUUCUAAGCUGAAUACUAUCGAAGUUGCCCGAGAAAAUGGAUCCAACAGGAUGGUUCUUGUUAAAGAAAAUAUCACCCAACCUCGCGGCAUGUGUCUGGAUCCUAGUCCAGAUGCUCGUUGGCUUUUCUGGACUGACUGGGGAGAAAAUCCAAGAGUUGAGCGUAUCGGAAUGGAUGGCACCAGCCGAAUGACUAUAAUAAGCACCAAAAUUUAUUGGCCUAAUGGUUUAACGCUCGAUGUAGCUACACAGAGAGUUUAUUUCGCAGACAGCAAACUCGAUUUCAUCGAUUCCUGCUUAUAUAAUGGAACUGGUAGAUUGCAGAUUUUGGCCAGCUCUCAUUACCUGCUGCAUCCGCAUUCUCUUACACUAUUCGAGGACACUUUAUACUGGACAGACAGACAGUUAAACAGAGUUUUAUCAGCGCACAAAUUCAAAGGAACGAAUCAAACUGUGGUCUCGCAUUUGAUAUCCCAGCCACUAUCGAUCCACGUGCAUCAUCCAGCUUUACAACCGUCUUCACAAAAUCCAUGCGAAAAAUCACCCUGUGCUCAUCUCUGCCUUUUGUCACCAAGUAAUCCUCUCGGUUACACCUGCAAGUGCCAGGCAGGAUUCAGACUAUCACCAAACGACGGAAGAUGCAUCGAAGAAGAAAUACCCUAUCUUAUGAUACUGCGAGGUUCACAAAUUGUAGAUGUUUCUUUGGUAGCAGGAGAUGUCACCACUGGACUUAUCACACCUGUUGUUGGAGUCGAAGGUGGCAGGUACAUAGAUUUCGACAGACGAGAACGGAUGAUCUACUGGCUCCAAGGAAGGGACGGAGAUGAUGAGAACGGAACGAUAUUCACAAUACCUUAUGCCGGAGGAAACAAAACUGAAUUCCCUGACCCUACUGGAAACUCUGGUAUUGUUGGCUCAGCUGCUACCAUGGCGGUCGAUUGGCUUGGAAGAAAUCUGUUUAUAGGAAAUCGAGUAGCUUCAAACAUAGAGGCCAUAAAACUUGAUGGAAAGACACGAUUCCGUACCAUAAUUAUUGCAAACAACGGCUCCAGAACAUCCGUUGCUAAGCCUAAGUCCAUUUGUCUGGAUCCUACCGAGGGUCACGUCUUCUGGAUCGACGACGGCGGAUUCGGAGUUCCCGUUAAAAUUGCAAGGGUCAAUAUGGAUGGAUCCAAUGCUAUUGUGCUCAUUGACAAUGUAGAGCGACCUGAGGCUUUGACGAUUGAUAUACCAACAAAAACUAUUUACUGGAGUUCCCAAUAUCCAAGCUUUAUUAAAUCCAUGAGCACAGAUGGGCAGGAAGUAAAAACCAUUCUCUCAACUGCAAACAACAUUGCGGCGCCGAAGUCCCUUGCAGUUUAUGAGUCUAGGCUGUAUUAUCUUGAUCCUGCAUUUGAAAAAAUUGAGAAAGUGGACCUCCCCAAUGGCGAUAACCCACAGAUAAUUAUUGGAAAUGAUUCUGACCUGAAAACUUUAACUAUUUACAAGAAACGAGCAACUUUCACUCAUCCCUGCCUCACAAGCAACGGCGGCUGCGAACAAAUAUGUCUUCCAGCUUCUGCGAGAACUAGAGUCUGUGCCUGUAGCGUUGGAUACAAAAAAAUUGGAGAUACGACCUGUGAACCCUUCAAGACAUUUGCUGUCGUAAGUCAACUCGAUGUCGCCCGAGGGUACAGUCUCAAGGAUGCUAAAGAAGCCAUGGUGCCGAUCGCAGGAUUAGGUCACCACAUCCUACACGUCGAUAUACAUUAUGCAGCUAACUGGAUAUACUGGGUAGAAUUCAACCGAGGUAUUUGGAACGGCAUAUUCAGGGUAAGGCCCAAUGGAACGGAGGUGCAGCCUGUUAUCAGGGAUGGAAUAGGAUCAAAUGGAAUACGCGGACUCACGAUCGACUGGGUGACUGGAAACCUGUACUUUUCAAACGUUUUUCCACACGAAAAUUACGUAGAGGUAUGCUGGCUCGAUGGAAGUAAUAGAAAAGUUCUGGUUAAAACAACAACUGACGCGCCUCGUGAGCUGGCCGUUAAUCCAAUUAAAAAAUUACUUUACUGGAUUGAUUAUGGACAGCACCCAAAGAUCGGAAAAGCAUACUUGGACGGAAGUAACUGGGUUCCCAUUGUUACAACGGGUAUCCGCACUCCCAGGGAUCUUACGAUUGAUACCAUGACACAUGACGUUUAUUGGGUGGAUUCUACCCUUGAUAUGAUACAGAAAGUCUCGUACACUGGGGGAAAUAGGCAGCCGAUUCGUAGAAACUUACCAAACCCAAUGGGGGUUGCUAUUUAUGGCGGUGAUGUUUACUGGGUGGAUAGAAACCUUGCAACCGUUUUUAAGGCGAGUAAAAUACCGGGAAAUACUACUCUACCACAGCCCGUCAGAACCAAUCUUGACAAACUGAGAGACAUAGCAAUAUUUGAUCAGAGCAGUCAGCCCUCGGAUAAUACAAACCCCUGUGUUCGUAUUCCAAAUGGUGGGUGUGAACAGUUGUGCUUUGCUUUUCCCUCGGAUAAUGUGGUACCUUUCAAGUGUGACUGCGCGACUGGUAAACUCUCAGAGGAUGGAAAGAAGUGCGAAUUUGUUGAGGAGUAUUUGGUGUUUGCUACCAGAACAGAGAUAAGAGCCAUCAAUUUGGACCCCCAUAUCACCAGUGUCCCAUUCAAGCCUGUUGGAAAUUUAACGAAUGUUGUUGGCAUCGAUUAUGAUUAUCAGGAUAAAAAAUUGUUAUUCACCCAAAUCCGACCUUGGGCAAAGGUCGCAUGGAUGCAAGCUGACGACCCAUCCUCCACAGAUAUACAUAAUUUGAUAACAAAAGGCAUAAACCCCGAAGGGAUUUCAUACGAUUGGACACAGAAGAAAGUAUACUGGACAGAUUCAUCGAACAACAGUAUUUAUGCCAUGAAUAUCGACGGAUCGGAUUUAGUCAUGAUCACCAGAGUUGAUAGACCCAGGGCAAUCGUUGUCGAUCCUUGUAACGGGUCUUUAUAUUAUACAGAUUGGGGACGUUUCGGAACUUCUGGUAAAAUUUUCCGCACCACAAUGGCUGGAUCAUUGAAAAAAGCCAUUAUCGAAAAAGAUUUAUCUCAGCCUAGCGGAUUGGCAAUUGAUUACGAUGACCGCAUGCUAUACUGGACAGAUGCAGUUAGGGAAAAUAUUGAAAGAUCGGAUCUUGAGGGAGGAAAUCGUGAAAUACUGGUUGCAGCUACAAUAUAUCCAUUCGCAAUUACAGUAUAUCGACAAUACAUUUAUUGGACAGAUCUUCAGCUGCGAGGGGUCUUUAGGGCGGAGAAACACACAGGAGCCAAUAUGAUCGAGUUAGUUAAAAGGCUGGAAGAUUCCCCAAGAGAUUUACAUGUUUAUUCUGCUGCAAGACAACAGUGUACUGUUAAUCCUUGCACAAUUAAUAACGGCGGCUGUGAUCAAUCUUGCCAUCCCGGACCUAAUGGAGCUGUGGAAUGCAAGUGCGAUGAUAAUAGCAGACUCGUAAACGAGGGCAGAAUGUGCGUACCCAAAAACGUUACCUGCGACUCAACGAAAUUUGCGUGCAGAAACGGCCGGUGCAUUUCUAGAAUGUGGGCGUGCGAUGGAGAUGAUGAUUGUGGGGAUCGAACUGACGAGGAUACAACAUAUUGCUCUCACCAUUCUUGUUCUCCAAACGAAUUCCGUUGCAACAAUGGUCGCUGCAUUUUUAAAUCUUGGAAAUGUGAUCACGAAAAUGACUGUCGAGAUGGAAGUGACGAGCUCAAUUGUACCUAUGCGCCUUGUGCAGAUGGUGAAUUCACAUGCGCCAAUUUUAGGUGCAUCCCGCAAUCCCAGGUCUGCAACGGGAUCAACGAAUGUAAGGAUAAUACCACCUCUGAUGAAACGCACGAGAGAUGUCCAAAGAAUACCACUUGCCCUCUGAAUCACCUUAAAUGCGAGAAUACGAAUAUUUGUGUCGAACCUUAUUGGCUUUGUGACGGCGACAAUGAUUGUGGAGACAACAGUGAUGAAGAUCCUCUACAUUGUGCACAGAGAACUUGCCCACAAAAUAGUUUCCGCUGUCCCAAUCAUAGAUGCAUUCCUGCUACCUGGUACUGUGACGGAGAUGACGAUUGCCUGGAUGGAAGUGAUGAACCCCCAGAAUACUGUAGAUCAGAGGGGAGAACUUGUUUCGGUGAUCUUUUCACCUGUGACAAUGGAAAUUGUAUACCAAGAAUUUAUAUUUGUGAUGGAGAUAACGAUUGUCUGGAUAAUUCAGAUGAAGAUGAUCGACAUCAAUGCAACGACAGAAAAUGUGACGAAGAAACGGAGUUUACCUGCACAGCUAAUAAGGCCUGGAAUCGACCUCAAUGCAUACCAAAAAAAUGGCUGUGUGACGGAGAUCCAGAUUGUGUGGAUGGAGCUGACGAAAAUGCGGCCCUACAUCACUGUGCGGAACCCACUCCUUGUGCAGAGUCUCAAUUCACCUGUGCCAAUGGUCGAUGCCUUAAUAAGGGAUGGUUAUGUGAUCACGAUAACGAUUGCGGAGAUGGAAGUGAUGAAGGCAAAUUCUGUAACGAACAGUACAAAACGUGUACACCUAUGGAAUUCACUUGUCAAAACUUUAAAUGUAUCAGAAAACAGUUUAGAUGCGAUGGACAAGACGACUGCGGAGAUCAUUCUGACGAAGUUAAUUGCGUCAAGCCAAGCAACAACACUUGCACCCCAGGGGAGUUUCAAUGUAAAUCUGGAGACUGUAUCGACGCGCAUCUGGUCUGCAACAAGGAGCCGGAUUGUGCGGAUGAGAGUGAUGAGCCGCCUCAUUGUAACGUCGAUGAAUGUGCUCACGUCGAAAUGAAUCAAUGCGGUCAUAAAUGCGUUGAUACUUUGACCGGAUUUUACUGCGAGUGUAAUCAGGGCUACAAACUCCUGGAUGACGGGAAAGCGUGCGCUGAUAUCGACGAGUGCAUAGAUACACCACAGGUUUGCAGUCAGGAGUGUGAAAAUACGCCUGGUGGAUUCUACUGCAAAUGUAAUGACCAAUGGUACGAAAGAGCUGCCGACGAACAUACAUGCAAACGAAGAGACAACAUCGAACCUUGGGUUGUAUUUACGAAUAAAUACUACGUAAGAAACAUGUCAACGGAUGCUUCCAAGUACAAUCUCAUGCACCAAGAUCUGGUUAAUGUUGUUGCAUUAGACGCGGACUACAAAGAAGAAGUUCUAUACUUCUGCGAUGUCACAGCCAAAACGAUAUACAGAGCACCGCUAGCUGGUGGUGAUAAGGAGAUAGUUAUUCGUCAUGAGAGUCAUGGCCUCGAAGGUAUUUCCAUUGACUGGGUCGGACGAAAACUUUAUUGGCUUGACAGACAUUCUAGACGUCUAGAUGUCUCCGAACUUGAUGGAACUAGUAGAAUGACUUUGAAAUCUGGAAUCUCCGACCCCAGAGCUAUUGUUGUACAUCCCGGAACCGGAUAUUUGUACUUCACGUCCUGGAAUCUUCAGGCCUAUAUCGGGAAAAUAGGAAUGGACGGCAGCAACUUCACUCGCAUAUUGACUUGGGAAGAUGAUAUCGCUUGGCCGAAUGCUUUGACUAUCGACUACUUUACCAAUAGAAUAUUUUGGGCCGACGCUCAUCUUGAUUACAUAGCAUUUGCCGAUCUGGAGGGACAUCAUCGUCGUGUAGUUCUUUCUGGUUCUUCAGUCCCACACGUUUUUGCCAUAACUGUGUUCGAUGACUCAAUAUUCUGGACGGAUUGGAACCUGAAAGCUAUUUUCAAGGCGGAGAAAUUCUCUGGAGAACAUCUCACCCUUUUGAGGAAUACUACGCAUAGACCUUAUGACAUACAUAUUUAUCAUCCUCUCAGGCAGUUGCCAUACAGUAAUCCCUGUGCCCAAAACAAUGGGGGCUGUUCACACCUCUGUCUCAUCUCUCCACCAGCUAAUUUGUACCCAAUCGAUAGCUAUGGGCUACUUGGCACUACCUCAUACAAGUGCAAAUGUCCGAAUCAAUUCAUAUUGGAUCAAGAUGGAAAGACUUGUAUAGCAAAUUGCACGAAUGGACAACAUCAUUGCGGACCUCCUGACGAGAAAUGCAUUCCCUGGUUUUGGAGAUGUGAUGGAGAGAAGGAUUGUAAAGAUGGAUCAGAUGAAUCCGGGACCUGUCCACCUAGGCAAUGUAGAGCUGGAAUGUUCCAAUGUGAUAAUGGUAAUUGUACCCCAAGUGUUACGGUAUGCGACGGACUAGAUGACUGCGGGGAUAAGAGUGACGAGGCAAAAUGUUCGCUCGAGUGCCCAUUGUUAGAGUUCAAGUGUAAAUCUAAUGGUCGUUGCAUUCAUGAAGCUUGGAAGUGCGAUGGCGACGCUGAUUGUAAGGAUGGUAGUGACGAAGAUCCAGCCAUGUGUCACAAUAGAGAGUGCGAUGAAGAGACUGAAUUCACCUGUAAAAAUGGCAAAUGUAUACAGAAAUUAUGGAUGUGCGACUUUGACAAUGACUGCGGGGAUGACAGCGAUGAGCCAGCAUUUAUGUGCCGUCAAAGAAAUUGCACAACUGGAUGGCAGCGUUGUCCUGGUCAGUCCAAUUAUCGCUGCAUUCCAAAAUGGCUGUUUUGUGAUGGAAAGGACGAUUGCCGCGACGGCUCCGAUGAAAGACCUGAGAACUGUCCAAAGUGCGAUCCAAACACCGACUUUAAAUGCAAUAAUAAUAGAUGCGUUCCCAAACCAUGGUUGUGUGAUUUCACCGAUGAUUGUGGAGAUGGUGGGGACGAAGCUGAUGCCAUAUGCAAAGAUAGAUUCAGGGAAUGUUCGGAAUCAGAAUUCAAGUGCUCGAAUGGAAAAUGUGUUGCGUCUAGAUGGCGAUGUGACCAUGAAGAUGACUGUGGAGACAACAGCGAUGAAAUUGGAUGCCACGGUUUCACUUGCAAGAAUGACACUUUCCAAUGUGCAAGCGGACAUUGCAUCGCUUCAUAUCUUCGUUGCGACGGGGCUCGAGACUGUCGUGAUAUGAGCGAUGAAAUUGGAUGCCCACCUAAGUAUCCUGGAGACCGAUAUUGCCCUCAGUCUCGAUUCCAAUGUGACAAUAAUCUUUGCGUUGCAUUAUCUGAUCGCUGCGAUGGUAGUGACGAUUGCUUAGAUGGCUCCGAUGAAAGUCCUGCGAUGUGUGCCAUGUUCAACUGUGAUCCGAUAAGAAGAUUCCAAUGCGCUAAUCACAGGUGUAUACCACGAUAUCAACUCUGCGAUGGAAGAGAUAACUGCGGCGAUGGAUCUGACGAAAAUAAUAUAACUAUGUGUACAACCCGGAUCCGUCCUUGUGAUCUCACCACGGAAUAUGCAUGUGCUAAUAAAAAGUGCAUUGAUCGAUCAAAGCUGUGUGACUUUGCUGAUGAUUGUGGUGAUUCUUCGGAUGAAUUGGGUUGCCAUCACAACAAACAAUGUUCUGAAGAAAAUAGGGGAGGUUGCUCCCAUUAUUGCCAGAAUAUAACAGAUGGCGGUUAUAUAUGCGCUUGUUUCGCGGGAUAUAUAAUAUCUCCGGAUAAUCGGAAGCACUGCGAAGACGUUGACGAGUGUGCGAAGGGUCUUCACCACUGUUCACAGCUCUGCGAGAAUCAAAACGGAACUUAUUCUUGUUCGUGUCGUCAAGGGUUCCUACUUUCCGAUAGUGCAAGCGGGGUUUGCCGUGCCGAGACAACGGAAAUAAAUAUACUAUUUGCAAACGGACCUGAGAUACGAGCUUUCAAUAUUCACAAACGCGAAGAACUCGACGUUGUUGCCGAUGAAAAAAGAGUGAAAGCCAUCGAUUACGAUCCUAUAAUGGAAUAUGUUUUCUGGAUCGAUUCUCACGAUGAUACGAUCAAGAGAUCAUACAUGGUCAAUGCCAAGAAAGGUGAAGUUAAGAUCGGAUACGCCCAAGAUCUGAACAUAAAGAGCGAUUCGAAGCCAAUGAAUCUAGCGGUCGACUGGAUAUCGGACAAUAUCUACUGGACAGAGAUCGACACCUCAGGAACAAGGCCGCACGGAAGAAUUAUGGUUUCCAAAUCUGAUGGCCGAUAUCGAAGAAGUUUAGUUACUCUAGGGCUUGAGAACCCUACGGCGAUAGCUGUCGACCCAGAAUUAGGAAGCAUGUUCUGGGCUGACGCAGGCACUCAACCUAAGAUCGAAGUGUCGUGGAUGGAUGGGAGCAAGCGUCGACCAAUAAUCACAGAAAAAUUAGGCAGUCCCUCCGCUCUCGUAAUCGAUUACGCUAUGGAUCAUACUUUAUACUGGGCGGACAGCAAGGAAAAUGUUAUUGAAUCAGCCAGGCCUGAUGGUGCUAACAGAAAAGUAAUCUUGAGAGGAGAAAACUUGCGACAUCCAAUUUCUUUGGACGUUUUUGAAAGCAACCUUUACUGGACUACUAAACAGAGCGGAGAACUCAUACAACAAGAUAAAUUCGGGAGAGGAGUUCCCGUCACCAUAGUAAAGGACAUAAACGGUCCCGGAGGAGUCAAAGUUUAUCAUGAACUUCGAUACAAUAUUUCUCUCAGAGAUCCUUGCCACACCACACCCUGCACACAUUUAUGCCUCGCAGUACCAGGUGGUCAUCGAUGCUUGUGUCCUGACAGUGCCGGUCCUAGACAGCCUCAAGCUAGCGAGAGAGUUUGUGACGCUGUAGCUGAAAGGCCGAGACCCUCACCUAGGCGAUGUUUGUGCCAGAAUGGUGGACUUUGUAGAGAAUCUCAAGAUAUUGACGGUGAACUGGAGUGCGUCUGUCCAACAAAUUACCAUGGAGAACACUGUGAAGUCGGUAUAUUUGCUGCUAGAGCUGGUAGCACCACAGCAGCUAUUGUUAUUCCCAUCAUAGUUGCUAUCCUUCUUCUAUUUGGUGCUGCUGCUGUGUUUAUAGUUCUCAAAAAACGACCAUUUGGGAAACCCGGAGGCUUAGGCAGUUUGACGGGGGCUCAAAGUGUAUCGUUCAGACAAGGAAGUAAUGUUGAAUUUGGUGGAUCAGAUCCAGAAAGAAUGGAGCCACUCGAUGUCGAGUAUAAUUUGAAUGACGUAAACAACAAGAAUCGAGAUUUCAGUAACCCAAUGUACGAUGCUGUAAAUUCCGAUCAAGCAGGAGCAACAAAUGGUACGAGCACCGCCAGUGGAAUUUACGAAGUUCCCGCCGAAAUGAAACCAUCCAGUGUGCAACAAAAAGAUCCUCCACAGUUGCACUUAAAAAGACGAGAAUUAGAUCCAACACCCAUAGACUCAGGUAAAGAUACCCAGCAAUUAGUCGAAGAGGAUAAGUCAGAAUGCUAAUGGUAUCCUAGCUCAUGAAAUCUUUUAGCAAUAUUCAAUCUCGUUCCUUUUCAACUAUCAAGUAGCUAACAAAAACAAACCUCCAAUAUCACCAGUUUCCUCUGAAAUUCAAUUAUAAACAGAAUAACACUUGGAAAACAAUAUCUUAAAAGAAAAGUAGAUCAUCGAUGAAAUUUCAUAAUUUCAUAAUUAAUAUAAAUUGGGCAGCUCUCAAAUAAAAGAUUAAUAUAAUAUACUUUUUUUUCUCCACGAGGCAGCUUGUAUAUAUACAUGAAUAUAUAAAUAUAUAGAUAAAUGAAGAUUUUUUUGGAGAGCUAUUCACUUUUACAAUCUAAUAAAUCUAACGAGAGGAUCCUCCUGGUAGUAAAAUGAAUUACAAGGUAAGAAGAGAAAAAAGAAAACAAGAUAACUUUUCAUAGAAUCUGACUAAUGAGUUUUCUAAUGAGUGUAAAGAAAGUCUUAUUUCAAUACGUAUUAGAACCUUCUGUGAGUAAAAGAAUUUUUAUUUCUUUCACUGAACGAGCGUUUGAUUUUGAUUUUUCUUUUCUCUUAGUUUCCUCUCAAAUAAAGUUGCCGUUGCUAUAAAUUAUUUAGGAGGAUACAUGGCACUAAAGUCAUAAUCGUGUAUCUUGGUGUAAUAUUAUAUUUUUAUUUUAUUAUAGGUAUAUUAUUUUUUAUUGACAGUGCGGUGUGUAGUUUGUUAUCAAUUUUUACUGCUAUAAAUAUAAUAUACUACAGAUGAUGAUUUUAUAUUUGCUAUCAUCAUUGAAUCACUACGCUACUGCGGAUUAUUAUUAUUAUUAUUAUUAUUAUUAUUAUUAUUAUUAUUAUUAUUGUUAUUAUUGUUAUUAUUCUCAUCAUCAUCAUCAUCAUCAUCAUCAUCAUCAUCAUCAUUAUCAUCAUCAUCAUCAUCAUUACAUACGUCAAGGCGUAAUAAGUUUGAUUAAAUUGUGUCAUUGUUUUUAUUUUUUUUUUGCAUUUUAUUUUAUUUUAUUUUUUUCAUCAUCAAAUGUGAUUUGUAUUAAAUUUUGUAAAUAAUACAUGUAAUAAUUUUAUUACUCCUAUGAUAUUAUACCCGUCAUACGAUGCGAAAAAAUAGCAUUCCCAACCAGGUGAAUUGAGUUUUCUCUCAUUUCUUUUUUCUUCGACUUUUCGAUUGAAAUAUUAAAUACAAAUAUUCGCGAAUGUUUGGAUAUUCUCGCGAUUAGGAAGUUAUAUUAAAACGCGCACAUCACGAACUAUCUUCCAAUCUUCUCUCUUGGAAUAAUCCCUGCGAAAAAGAAGUGAGAAAUAACAAAAGCAAAUAAACGAAUAGUCGGACCAAUUAAUUUGAGUAGAAAUAUAAAUAUGAUUAUAUUGUUACAUACUGUUAUAGAUACACAUACGAUGAGUAAAAGAAAAGAAAAAAAGAAAAAAAGAAAAAAAAACGAAAAAGCAAAGAAUAAAUAAAAAAGAAUACUUUAUAUUUAUAUCUAUACAACGUAUUUCUAGGUAUAUAGUAUAUUUUCUUUUAAAACAAAUUCUGCAUGUGGCCAAUAAAUGAAUGCAUCAUGUAUCUUUGAUUUGAUGAUGAAGCAGUCGGUUUUUCUAUUUUUUGUUUUAUAGUACAUGAAGACGUGUUUAAUCAAAGCAAAAUGAAUGAAGGAAUAAAUCACAAAAAAAAAUAUCCGGGAACAAGUGGUAAAAAGAAUCGCGUUUUAUAUAAAACACGUGCCGCUGCAUUUCUUUUAUUAUUACCAUUAUUAUCACUGUUAUUGUUACUAUUAAGACUAUUAUCGUUAUUAUUAUUAUUAUUAUUAUUAUUAUUAUUAUUAUUAUCAUAAUGUGGAAAGCGCUCACGGAAUCUUAUGAAUGAUUAAUUGGUCGACGAAAAGUGACUAAUAUAUUAAUUUGUGUAUUAUAUUUUAACUAUCUAUAGCUACAUAUGUACGUGCAGUAUAAUUGUAUACAGCGAGUGCGAGUUAAUGGUUAGAUUAUUAUGAAAAUAUUACGUGGAUUUCCGAAUUAUCAUUAUUAUAUUUUGUCUUUCUAAUGGAUAUAUCAGAUACCGAUGAUGGAAUUUACAAAAUCCGAGAUGGAUUAUUUGAUCAUGGUUAAAAUUAUUUUAUUUUGUAAAGUUACAUAACACAUAUUACUUAUUUGAUAGUGAUAUGAUAGUCAUGUAUAAUAUAUGUACUUAUUGCAUACUCUUUUUCCGUUUAUUUUCUUCGUUAUUCAAUAGAUUUUACCAGACGAUCUGAAACAAUGAUCGUCGUAUUUGAGUGGAAAAAUCUACAUAAAUUUGUACAAAUUUUAAAUUAUUUCUUUCCACUUUUGUCAUAAGCUGUACGCAAUUAUACUUAAUAUUAUGUAUAUAUAUGUAACAUACGUAUACAUCUAUUUUUUCUGUUACUGAAAGAAAAGGAAACGAAACAAGAACCAAUUGCAUAGAGAAUUAUUUUGAUCAAUGCUCUGACUAUAAAUUGUGUAUGAUUAUUAUUGAGAGAGAAUGUAAGAAUAAUGGUAGGUGCUGAUUUUAUAACGAUGUAAAUAAAUAUAUUAUGUAAUAACUAUUGAAGAGAGGAAAGAAAAUGGAAAAAUGACAUCAACGCAUGCUGUGAAAUAUUGAGCCUUGUUUUCGAGCGCCUCAACGUAUACAUGUUGUAAGUCCACUUAUAUUAUAUAAAUAUUAUACAUAUUAUACGUACAACUAUUUUCUGUAUCUCUUUGUUGUUUUAAUGAAUUGACAGAGAAUGAUGAUUUAAUAUAUUUUGAUGCAAUAACAUAUAAAUGUGCAAAUAUCAAUAGCUGAUACCGUCCAACUAAUGAACAAAAACACCUUGAUGACAAUGACAAUAAUAGUAAUAAUGAUAAGGAAUUAUUAGUCUUAUGAACAGAUAAAUGUAUAUACGUUAUAUUUUCUCAGUAUCGUAUAGAUAUAUGAAGAGCGGUGCGUAUGAGUUUUGUAUUCAUUGAUUGAUAAUUAUUAAACAUAGCUGCAAACACC